AUGGGGGCAUCCAUGUCAGCAAAUGCGUUCCCUGUCGAAGGCAGAACUGUCCUCAUCACGGGAGCCUCGCGAGGAAUGGGCCUGGAAGCCGGGCGACAACUCGCCGAGAAGGGCGCCAGCGUGAUCAUAGUCGCGCGAGACGAGAAGAAACUGGCAAAAGGCGUCGAGUACAUCAGCGCAGGGUCGAUCUCCAAGGACCAAAGAUUCCACCACAUCAGCGCCGACUUGAGCAGUCCUGAAGAAGCUGUUCGCGUCAUAGCGGAAGCCAAGCUGUGGAACUCGGGCUCACCGCCGGAUGUCGUGUGGUGCUGUGCCGGAGCUUCCCAUCCCACGCUGUUUGUAGAUACUGAGGUGUCAAAGUUCCAGUCUCUGAUGGACUCAAACUACUUCUCCAGCGUCUACAUGGCUCAUGCUGCGCUACGAGCGUGGGUGAGGCCGGAGAAGGAGGCUUGUGCCGACGAAUCGCCGCCCGCUGGGGGAAAUACCCCAAGGCAUCUCAUCUUCACUGCGUCUUUUCUCGCUCUCUAUCCAAUCGCGGGAUACGCACCAUAUAACCCAAGCAAAGCCGCCCUCCGGACACUUUCUGAUCAGCUGUCACAAGAGAUGAAUCUCUACUCCGCGGCGAAUCCCCAUUCCCGCCCGGUGAAAGUGCACACAAUUUUCCCAGCAACAAUAUUCACGGAGUCAUACGAGGCUGAGAACAAGAUCAAGUCUGACCUCACCAAGAUGCUUGAGGAGGCUGAUGGGGGGCAGACACCAGAACAACUGGCCCAGGGAAGCAUUCGGGGGCUGGAAAGUGGUUAUGAACUAGUCACCACGGACUUAAUGACAAGGGCUGUCAUGUGUAGUACGCUGGGUGCUAGCAUUAGAGGUGGGUUCUGGAAGGGUCUCAUCGACUGGCUCCUUGGUAGUUUGAUGUUGUUGGUGAUGGUCUUUGUUAGGAUGGAUAUGGAUCGGAAGGUGAGAGUCUGGGGGGAGCGUUACGGAGACUCCGGAAUGAAAACGGAGUGA